AUCCGUCGCCACACCCACUGCCAGUUUCUGUCCGCGUGGGCUCUGACAUGCCGCAAGUAGGAUCUGCGGUUUUUCAGACGUUUUUGAAAUAAUUUUUUAAACAGUUAUUUUAAAUUGACCGACGGUUUUCAUCGAUUUUAUUCGCCGUAGUGUUUGGGAAAAAAUAAGGUUCCGCCAAGAUGUUGCAGUCUUGUUCUCCAUCGCACGAUUGGCUUUGCGAUUCCGAGCCGCUGCUGUUUGACGACGAGUUUUGCUUGAGCCUCAUGAAGGACUUGCAGUCCAUCCCCACGCCGCCCCAGUCACCUCCGAUGAAACCGGGGCUCGCAAAGAAUCUAUCCACGGUGGAUCAGUUGGAGUUAGUAUCUGAACUUUUAAUGGAGGACAGCGACUUUCUCCAGCUGGACUGGAACUUUACAGGCAGCGCUUCAGCGGCUGAUUCGGAUCCGCUUUCGGAGGACUGCCUGUGGCACAGCGAAAAACCGACCGAGGAUAAACUCUCAGCGGUGCUCUCCACAAGUCCCCUGCUCUCCGAUAUUGACACUGAGAUUUUUGCUGAAAUUGCUGGCUCUACGUUGGACUGCCACAAUGUGGCGCUCGCCUGUCAAGCUCUGGAGAGCGAGGAUUUACCGCUGGACAGCCAGGAGCAGAUCGAGUCCACGUCUGAUUAUGGCUCGCUGUCCACUGGAGGAGAAUCAUCAACAAGCGAUUCUGAGGAGGAGAUUGAUGUUGUAACAGUCCGGCGGUCAAGCACGCUGACGCGCUCGCAACACCAGCAGCAGUUGGAGGACAGUCGGCGUGAGCAGCAGCGUGCUCUCAAGCGCUGUCACUUUGAAAUCCAACAACAGCACAACUACGCCGCCCCGCGGCCCGCCUCUCCUCCGCCCCCGCCCUCCCCGGUUUCCGUGCCCCCUCUCAAACGCUCCCGAGGGUCUGGAGACUCCCACCGAAGCGCGCAGAGCACGGGACGCUCUCGCAGUCUGGCCUCCCGACAGGGGGCGGACACCGAGGACGAAGAAGAGAGACGGAGGACGCACAACGUGAUGGAGAGGCAAAGGCGCAACGAGUUAAAAAACUGCUUCCUUAGGCUACGGGACAACGUCCCCGAACUGUCCAAUAACGACAAGGCGUCCAAGGUGGUGAUUUUAAAGCGGGCGAAAGAAAGCAUCAGAAAUCUGGAAACAGAGAACCAGAGACUGACACAGAAGAGAGAGAAACUUAGAGAACGACAAGAACAGCUAAAAGCCAGACUGGAACAGCUCAAGAGGUUGUGAGCGUCUUGGACUAAAAAGUAACAAAGUGUAACACUUGUGACUGACUGUAAAGACUUGUGGAUUUUUUCCCACCGCAAAUUUCCGUUUGGAAACCCGCAUGGUCAAUGCAAGAAAAACGUUCUCAGUGUUUUAUGACUUUACUAAGUCAUCUAGUUCUUGCGUCUUAAUAUGAAUCUGUUUCAUAUACUGUAUGUUGAAUGAGUAAUCAGAUAAAGCAUAGUUAGCCUUAAGAAACACCUUAGAUGAUUCUCACACAUUCUACCUUAUUGUUCAUACAUUUCUUGUUAUAUUUUGGGCUGGAUCCAAAGGAUGUUGAAAAAAAAUAAGGGGUUGAAUGUAAUUUGCAGAUGAUUGUUUUUAUAGACUAAAGUAUGCAUUUGUUGAUGUUCAGACUGGAAAGAUAAACUAUUGGAUUCAUGUUCAUGCAUAGCUCGUAUUGUUGAGGUCUGGAGUUGUGGAGCGUAUUCGUACUUGGAUCACUCUGUGUUUGACUCCAUGUGUCUUUACUCUGUCGGUUAUUGUAUGUUCCCUCUCAUUUCUAUGUUUAUCUACCUCUACCAGGAAGAAGCCUGGCUAUUUUAUUGCCUUCAUAAUGGCAACUGUAUAGAAUGUUUCUUUAAUUUUUUUCCUGUGUAAAUACCACCUGUUAAUUAUGUAUUAUAAAUUAUUUAGGCAUUUUCUUCUUAGUUCAUUUGCAGGUUUUUGAAAUAAAAAAAAAGUUUUGUUCAUCUUCAACUGCACUUUGUUUUAUAAAGUAAUAAAGAAAGAGCAAGAUGA